GAACUGGUAUGAAAGUUCAUUGUAAAUACUGAAAUAUUUAAGGACAGGAAUUUCAGAAUAAGAAUACAAAUUUCAUCAGAUGAAUAGCUAGGUCCGACAAAUAUAGAUUUGUGCAUUUAAUCUGUUCGUUUGUUGCGUUCAAAUCGACCGUCGUGGUCCCGGUGAGAUUACUGAACUUGCGGCUAAAGCAGAAGCUGGGCGAAAAGGUGCCAAAUUUUGCGUGCGCAUUUCGACACCUUUGUCAACGCUGGUUCCUAUUUGGUGGACCGACGGCACACACAUACACAAGCAAGCUUAUAGCCAGAACCAGGCGGGCGAAAGUGCGAGGGAGAGGCAGACAAACAACCGUGCGAUAACAACAACAAAUCGAGCGCCUCCAGCGAUCGCAGCGCAAAACGCAGCCCAGGCAAGAAAGCCAGCGAUGGAAAUGGCUAACAUGAUCAGCAACAACCACGGCGGCGGGAGCAGCAGCAACAACAGCAGUGGCAACACCUACGGCAGCUACAACAACAGCGCGACUGCCAGUGGCCACAGCAGCGGGGAGGCGGCACGGCUGCGGGAUGUGUGCAACAUUCUGAAUUCCGGCGGCGCCGCCGGCUACCAGAUACCGGCAGGUGGUUGCGCCUACGAUCACAUCAUCGCCCUGAUGCGGGGCCUGGACCUGCAGGACGACGGCAUCGUGCUCAACUCCAAGAUCAAGACCAUCGAGACGGACUUUUGCAACAUAGUGCGCGACGAAUCGAUGCUGUGCGAGUCCAUGGAUUACCUAAACGACAAGGCACUUGGAGAUGGGGACACGGCCCUGAAGUUCGCCCUGCUCUUCUCGUCACGUAACUUCGACGCCUUGGCCAUGAAGGAGACAAAGGUUCGCAGCGCCAUGCUCAAGAUCCUGGAGACAAACUUCCUUAACGCAGACACGUACCGAAUGCACGACAAGAACCGUCUGUAUAACUCUAUCACGCUGCUGGGCGAGUACUAUCACAGAGUGCGGCUGGCAGAUAAUGCCCCUAUCACCAUUCUGGGCGAAUCCCUGCUGGACCUGCUAACCCGCGAGCUGAACGACACUUCGGUGGUGCUGGGCACUCGAAUUGCCCGCCUGGUGCUCUCGCAGAUCACGCUAAACGGGGAGAUAAUGCGCCAGCGCCACAAGGUGGAGAUCGACCUGCUUCUCUUCCACGUCCGCCGGCACUUGAUUAUGCAGCCGGCGCUAACAGCCAAGGUGAAGGCUAUGCUCUUGAUGGUGCUGGAUCUAUUUUAUAGCCAUUUUAAGCAUAUCGGGCACGAUCUGGAGGCGAUGUACACUGAUUACCUGGUAGUGGAAGAUGGCGAAGAGGAUGGUGUGAACAACAACGGCUCUGGUCCCCAGCAUCACAGUGGAGAUGUCAACCCCCAGCAACAUCAGCAGCAGCAGCAACUGCUACCGCACCAGCAGUCUGAGAACGGCAGCAGUGCUAACACCUCCGUCCAGGAUCAAGACUCGUUCGAUCCACCGUCGUCGACGAAGAAGUGGAGCGAGCAGGUCUGUGAGGACUCCUUCUACGACGUUGGUUUCGUCGAGUCGGAACAGGGAGAUGAACGGUACACGGAGGGAGGAGCUCAUCCGUAUCCGGCUAACAACUCCAUCCCACUAGGCCGCCACGGACGACGUAGCUUUCAGCCACGCCAGGUUUCACGGCCCCUGAAGCCGCAGCAGGCGACAAAUCACCAGCAGCAGCAACAGCCACCGAGCAUAGACGCCAACUCCGACCAGUAUCCAUCCAUGGCCAGCAACGAGGACCGCGACGAGAGCAAGCCGUUACCCAGUUGGCGGAAGACGCGGUUCAACCGCAACAACGACGGCGACCACAGCAACGGCAGGUCCCGCGACCAGCAGCGGCGAUACAGCGUGAACUGCGACGACGACCAGCACAGCGUUCGCAGCGAGGGAGCCGGUAACCUGCGUCUCUACAGUAUCCACGAUCGGAGGAAACAUUCGCAGGAGCGGCACGAGCGCAACAUGACCGGCGGCGGCGGAGGCGGCAACUACAACAGCAUUGUAAACUCGAAUUGGGAUCAGCGAGAUCGAGACGAUCGAAGCGAGCGCUCCUACAUCAGCAACUAUGAGCGCGGCAGCAACUACAAGCGAGGUGGGCGGUUCCACAAUCGCAACACCUACGACAAGCCACCGAGAUUCCAGAAGCAGCAGCAGCAACAAAUGCAACAGCAGCAUCAGGGCGGAGGACACCAGAAAAUACACAGCGACACUUGGCGGCGCUCCAACACAGCCAUAAAUAGCGGCUAUCAGGAUGAGAACUGUGCGUACAACUCCAACGGACCGGAGUCCAAUAGUCGCAGCUCCUCGAGGGCUCGCACUUUGCCCAGACCCUCAAAGUCGCAUAUGGAUAAGUCUGCUGGUUAUCGGUAUAAUCAAAGUCCUACCCAAGGAGGAGGAGGAGGCGGUGGUGGUCCGAGGUUUCCGCGGUACAGCAGCCAGAGCAGCUUGGCCAGUGAAGCGUCCAGCACUUUUGAUCGACGCCAGCAGACCUCGCCGCAACAUCAGCACCAGCGACAUCGCCAUUUUACACGUCGCUCUCAGCCGGACAUACACCAGCCCCAAAGCGAUAGCAACUGGCAGGGUCAAGGCGGUCAGAACGGUCCAGGCCAGGAGCAACCGUCCUCAGGAAAGGAGGAGAGUGAGCUGGUGCGAAAUGCCCAGCAGACCACUAAGUACAUGAACUACUUGUCGGCGCAGAAAUGAGACAGAAGAGUGCGUUUGUAAACUAGUAAAUAUAGUUUAUAGAUAGAAAGAGCGAGAACCAGAGCCGUCAACCACUUCCACAACUACUCCAAAUGUUCUUCAAAUUUGUUGUUCCCUGCAUGUUCGCCCCUAGAUUGUUAGCCGUAAAUGUAUCCUAAUGGAGGUGUAUAACAACGUAGACUGCUUCUCGUCUCAACCCGAGCUCAAAUGUCAAACCAAAACAAACCAAGCAUCCAACUCAAAUCCAGGCUCAAGCUAAAAAUUCAAAAACAAACACAGAACACACAUGCAUUACACAUCGGAUCCGAUCAAUUUGUAAAUAUAAUAUAUAUAUAAAUGUCUUAUUUAGUCCCACACAAA